CAACAUGGCGCGAUGGCGGGUCGUAGCCAAUCACCCGCCGAUGUUCGCGAUACAAGCCGGCGCGGUGUCUCCAUAUUUCUCAAAGCGCCGAGCAGUGGCUGCGGUGGGUCGUCUUUACCGUCGGCCACGAAGAAGUGGGGCUCGUAGUCGCCAACAAGUCGACUAGUACUGACUCUCGCGUGACCAACGCGUCAAAAAAGUGACGUUCCGCUACGCACUCUAUCUUUGGGCAUGAACCUCGCCCGCCACUACGCCUCGCCGCUCGAGGGCAUGCGGACAGCGUCGCCGCCACCCGGCGCGACCCACCGCGACUUGCCCCGCUUCGACCAGCUCUACGCCAAGCAGCAUCCGCGCGAGACGUCUGCCGAAGCCCAGGAUCUCUUGCGGUCCCAAGAGCUCUUUCUGAGCGUCGUCUUGGACUGGCAACGACACGAUACGCCGCAGCAUGCGCAGGUGCAGCGCGUCCAGCACUACGCCGAGCCCAUGUACAGCUCGUCGUUUGAGAGCUCUGAGGGCUCGGACCACGAAGGCGGUCAAGCGCUCUUGAGCUUUACAAAAGGGUCGCCCAAGCCGAUCGUCGACGAUCCCAGCCCCACCAACUUGCCACGGGUGCAUCACAUGCCACCCAACCACCCUGCGGGCCCGCCCGCCCUGAGCCUCAACAACCUCCUUCCGGUGCCGUCCAAGAAGAUUGGCGUCUACACGCCGCGCUCGCGCCGCGUCCUCAUUGAGAAGUACAUGGAGAAGCGCACCAAGCGCCUGUCCCGGAAGAAGGUCCGGUACCGCGUACGCAAGACGCUGGCCAACGCCCGGCCGCGCGUGAAAGGCCGGUUCGUCAAGACCGAGCAGCCGCUAACGGCCGCGGCCGUCGAGGAGAUGGAGAAGCGCCAGCAACAGCCGUCAACUGCCUCCGAGGCCUUUGACUAUGUGCACGCGUUUUUCGAGCUCGAGAAGCGGUCCCGGAGCGACGUGGCCGAUACGUUGAACAACGUCAUGACACUCAAGCGGCGGCGCAACCACGACAUCAACUGGGAAGACUUGUCGGCCAACUUGGAACAGUCGAUGCUGGCGCUCCUGCCGCGCCAGCACUGCGAGUCACCGCUUCCCGACGUCCAAGCCGAGCUCAUCAAUCUGCUCGCCGACGCCGAAGACGAAUGCACCCAAGACGCAUACCUCCGCGCGCUCCACGGCUGCGCCUUGUACGUGGCUCUGUGCCUCAGCCUCUACGCGAGCCUUCGACACCCGAGCUUGUGGGACAUGGACGACGAGCCGUCGCCCGUGUUGCACCACUACCUCGCCGACAUCAAGCAGCUCUGGCUUCGGCGAAAGACCAAGAAGCAACAAACGUUUGAUGCGUUCGACGGCACGGUGCACGGCCUCGCGGCCGUCAUCUGCCUCGGGUACGACGACGCCAAGCGCUACCUCAAGCCCCUCACGCUCUAAGGCGGACGUGCCACUUUGUAUUUAUGAAAUUUCGACUAUGUAUGAAUUGAAUUUGUAAACUAAUAGCCUAAUAUAUACAAUAUACUUGCAACAGACAAUA